AUGAAACCGAUUCAAUCUCCUCCUGAAGUAGCUUCCCCUAUGAAGAGCCGCUUGCGGAAACGCCCAGACCUCAGCUUACCACUCCCACACCGCGACGUCGCUCUCGCCGUUCCUCUCCCUCUCCCUCCUCCCUCCUCCAGCUCUGCUCCGGCGUCGGGGUCCGCGAUCUCCACCAACAUCUCCGCCGCCAGGAGCUUAUCCGAGCUGGAGCGCGUGAACCGAAUCGGAAGCGGCGCCGGAGGAACCGUCUACAAGGUGAUCCACCGCCCGACGUCGCUGCCGUACGCCCUCAAGGUGAUAUACGGGAACCACGAGGACACCGUGAGGCGCCAGAUCUGCAGAGAGAUCGAGAUCCUCCGGAGCGUCGACCACAGCAACGUCGUGAAAUGCCACAACAUGUUCGAUCACAACGGCGAGAUCCAGGUUCUGCUCGAGUUCAUGGAUCAGGGAUCGCUCGAAGGCGCGCACGUGUGGCAGGAGCACCAGCUCGCCGAUCUCUCGCGGCAGAUCCUCAGCGGAUUGGCUUACCUCCACCGCCGCCACAUCGUCCACCGCGACAUCAAGCCGUCGAAUCUCCUCAUAAACUCGGCGAAGAACGUGAAGAUCGCCGACUUCGGAGUGAGCCGGAUCCUGGCGCAGACCAUGGAUCCUUGCAAUUCGUCGGUUGGGACCAUCGCUUACAUGAGCCCGGAGCGGAUUAACACCGAUCUGAACCACGGCCGUUACGACGGUUACGCCGGAGAUGUGUGGAGCUUGGGUGUGAGCAUCUUGGAGUUCUACUUGGGGAGAUUCCCUUUUAAUGUGAGCAGGCAAGGAGACUGGGCGAGUUUGAUGUGUGCCAUUUGUAUGUCUCAGCCGCCGGAAGCUCCGGCGACGGCGUCUCAGGAGUUUCGUCACUUUAUCUCUUGUUGCUUGCAGAGUGAUCCUCCUAAGAGAUGGUCUGCUCAGCAGCUUUUGCAGCAUCCUUUUAUACUGAAAUCAACCGGUGGUCAAAAUCUCCGUCAAAUCUUGCCGCCUCCUCGUCCUCUCCCAUCUUCUUCUCCGGCCUCUUAG